ACAUUGUACUAAGCGGUAAAAUUCAUUUCGAGUCGAAGGUUUGGCCAGGCAGGCAUCAUUUGAAUGCGGCUGGAAAUCGCUCAAAAUGCGCGUCAAUAUUUCUUUAAUUUAUUUCCUAAUCUUAGUUGCAGCUUCCCACGGAAGAGGUAAUUAUAAUUCUUUUUUUUUAAUUAAAAAAUCGUUACAUGAAUUUUUAGGAAUAGGAACUUUUAAUAAUCGUCCUUUGGUAAAAGACCGCCACGGAUUCUUCAACAUCAGCGUCCAGGCCAAUGACAGACUCGCCCAAACACUUUGGGUCGACAUGGACGGUAUGGAAUCCAAGAGUUUGGAUCAUAGCUACGAAAGAGUGAAUUUGCCCUUUACUUUUCCGCUCUUCGAUCGCACAAUCAGGAGCUUGGCUGUGAACUCGAAUGGCUAUCUCUCAUUUGGAAAUGAUUUUGACGCUGAGUUUCCAGCUCGUUACAUAGCUCCUUUGAUGAUAGUUGGUAGGAAACAUGGCAGUCGAGAAGCCUCCAUUAAAUACCGACAAAAUUGCAAGUCUUUCACCGUCCAAUGGGGAAAUCUGAAGACGCAUCGCUACGGAAAGCACGACCGCUUCACUUUUCAGGCCACCUUGCACGAGAAUGGCAACAUUGAAUUCGUUUACAAACGCAUUCCAUUCGAAAUCACCGAUCUUAUAGAUCACGAGCACUUGGUCAAAAUUGGCAUGGAGGACCUGUUUUAUCUGCCUGACAUGGAACUGAUGUAUUACUACGUCGACUUGAUCGGCGAGCCCAUCCAGAACUCGACCAUCGUUUCUUUCAAAGCCCUUCCAACCUGCCGCUCACUAAAGAACUGCAGCAGCUGUGUCUCAGCCAAUCUUAGUUCUAAGUGUGUCUGGUGUCCCGCACUAAAAAGAUGCUCGGUUUCCUUUGACCCUUCAUCCAAAGACUGGUUUAAAAACAAGUGCCAAGACUUUGAGAAUGCAACUUGUACAUUGACCAAAAAUCAGGCGAAUUCCAUAUCAGAAGCAGAGAGAAUUGCCUUGACCAAAAUAGUCAUAUUGGCGUUCAUCGGCUUCGCGCUGGCUCUUUUCGCAUUCGUCUCCUGCGUGAUGGCAUGGAUAGGAAACGAGCAUUCAUUCCAUGCCGAAAAUGACAAAGAGUCUGAAAGCAAAGAACGAGGCAUAUCCCUCAUUGACGUGGAAUUUAACGAAAAAACGUUGUCGAUUUUUAAUACUGCAUUUAUAUACUAGCAUAUUUAGUUUUAGAUAUCUUUCAAGAUUAGUCAUGUACAUACAGCAAAUAUAUUGUGGAUAUUCGAUUUUAAAAAAUUGACAUCUUAAUUUAUAUCUUUUUAACUAUAUCUGUGUGCAUACGCUUCUUCAUUUUAAAGGAAAGCAUAUCGAAUAAAAAUGACUUUCACAUGAACAAAAA